AGAUUCCGUUCUUGCUUGAUGGAUUGAUACCAAACAUAAAACGAGUCUAAUCCAAAUAUGGUAAUUAGUCCCAAUGACAUGUGUCUUGAGCUUCGACCAAUCAUCGUUUUUUGUUCUGCGACUUAGAAGAGGCUGUUGCACGGCCUCGUCCUCUAUCCUAAAGGGAGCUCUUAAACUAACAAUUAAUUAUGUGAUCUAUCGCGAACAAGACGAUUAGACGAUUUCUAUACCCUCCAACGCUUACUAACCCAACUGUCAAACCUUUCACAUCAGCAAUUGUAUUUAUAUCAUUAGUUUGCCGAUACGGUUCACAGCUCGUAAAAGAGCCAUGACGCGGCCCGACUCAUAGUCGAUUCCCUGUUCGCAUAUAGAAUAUGUGGCUCGAUCGGCUUGCCGGUCAGUCAACCUCUCCCGCUCCCUCCCAACCGGGUAGCCGUUCCUAUUCUCCUGCGCCUCGACGAACUACGAGCGGUCUCGGCCCGUACAUCACUUCGCAACAAAGACCUGGCCUAGGCAUCACUCCGAGAUCAUCAUCGUUGUCGUUAGCAUCCACCGAAUCAUCCGCCUCUUCCUUCUUGGCUUCUUCGAAGAGAGCCAAUGGCUCGACAUUAAAAGAAUCGCGGACGAUAUAUGCCGGCCCCGACCCCGUAGAAAUACUCGGCACGGUUUUAGGCGAUGACAAACAACAUGCGGGAUCAGCUACCAAAUCGGUGGUUGAAUCGGUCAGCUCCAUAUCAGCUGAAGAUCUCCAGCUGGAAUUUGAUUUUGGCGGAUUAUCUAUCAAAGAGCUAGCAUUAUCGGAGGAAACGGCAGCAGAUGGAGUUGGUGUAUAUAGACCGCAGGCAGCCGAAGAAUACGACCGAGAUAAAGCCAAGUUUGAAGAUUUACACCGUUCGAUUCGAGCCUGUGACGAAGUAUUAGGCUCAGUGGAGGUUAACUUAGAUAAUUUUCGAAAUGACCUUGCCACCGUUUCUGCGGAUAUCGAGACCUUACAAGCACGAUCGACCGCUCUAAAUGUACGAUUGGAGAACCGAAAAGCAGUAGAGAAAGGCCUAGGACCCGUGGUUGAGGAGAUUAGUGUAUCUCCUACGGUAGUAUCGAAAGUCGCCGACGGUCAUAUUGACGAAUCAUGGGUGAAAGUUGUUGCCGAGAUCGACAAAAGAGCAACUGCCCAUAAGAAAAACGCAUCGAGUGCACAAGGCAGCAAGGGUUUACAAGAUCUUGGCCCCUUAUUAGAAAAGUUAGUUCUCAAGGCUAUCGAACGAAUAAGAGACUUUUUUGUUUCUCAGAUCAAAGCUCUUCGAUCGCCGCAUAUCAACGCUCAGAUCAUCCAACAACAAAACUUCCUCAAAUUUAGGGACCUCUACUCCUUUCUCCACAAGCACCAUUCCGCCUUAGCCGACGAGAUAUGUCAGGCGUAUAUGAAUACUAUGAGAUGGUAUUAUGCCAACCAAUUCGCACGAUAUGAGAAUGCCCUCAAAAAAAUCAAGCUACAUUUAUUAGACAAGACCGAUGUACUAGGGAAUGAGGAUACUUCCCGCAGGGGCACUGUCCUAUCAAGUUCGAAAAUCGCUGGUCCACCCCACGAUGCCUUUAACUUGGGCCGUCGGAUCGACCUUCUACGAACCAACAACACAAGCGCUCUCUCUUCUUACCUAGCCGAAGAAGAUCAGUCCACCCACUACCUCGAAGUCCCUUUCCGCAACUUCAACCUCGCCCUCAUCGACAACGCAACGGCCGAAUAUACCUUCCUCGCGUCCUUCUUCUCCCCCGCCCUGAGCUACUCCUCCAUCUCGCGCCACUUUACCUACAUAUUCGAACCAACCUUCCAGCUAGGCCAUACCUUAACCAGAACUCUGAUCACGGAUACGUACGAUGCUAUUGGCGUCCUACUAGCCGUUCGUCUAAACCAACACUUCCAGUUUGAGCUGCAACGCCGCAAGGUCCCCGCCGCGGAUGGGUAUCUCAACGGCACGGCUAUGCUUCUGUGGCCGCGGCUGCAGUUUAUCAUGAACGCACACUGCGAGUCCGUCCGCGCCCUCACUACCGCCCUCCCGACGCGCCCACCGACCUCCAAGGCGGAACAAGGCAAGCUCUCCGCUGCCCCGCACGUCUGUACACAACGCUUCGGACAACUUCUUCACGGGAUCCUGGCUCUAAGCACGGAGGCUGGGGACGAUGAGCCGGUAGUCACAAGCCUUGGACGCCUACGUAGCGAGGUGGAAGCUUUUCUGACGAGGUAUAGCACGGCGUUCGGGAACGACAGGAGGAAACGGGAACGAUUUUUGUAUAAUAAUUACAGCCUGAUCUUGACGAUCAUUAGUGAUACGCAUGGCAAGUUGGCGGCUGAGGAGCAGGAGCACUUUGAGGGGUUGAAGACCGCUUUUCAGGAAGCUGCCUAGGAAUUCGGUGUUGGAUGACUGGGCGAACAGACGCGGUUAGAUAUGACAGGAUCGAAGAAAAAAACAUUAAAUGAGACUGCAAUUC